UUGUCCUCUCGAAAUGGAACGAAACUCAAUCCCACAAGGCCUAACCCAAGAUGAAUACUCUGAUCUCCAACUCCUAAUCGAUGCAUACCACAUCUUUGACAAGAUACCAAAUACGUGCACGUCCCUUAUCACGCAACGCAUUGACGCUCCAUGUAACAUAGUGUGGCCACUAGUACGUCGUUUUGAUAACCCACAAAGAUACAAACAUUUCAUCAAGAGUUGUAACAUGUUUGGUGAUGGUGGUGUUGGUAGCAUGCGUGAAGUCACAGUAAUCUCGGGCCUCCCAGCGUCUACAAGCACUGAGAGGCUCGAGUUACUAGACGAUGAAAAGCAUAUAUUGAGUUUUAGAGUUGUGGGUGGUGAACAUAGAUUGAAUAACUAUCUUUCUGUUACUUCGGUUAAUGAGUUUAAGAAAGACGAAAAGGUAUACACAAUUGUUUUGGAAUCUUAUAUCGUUGAUAUACCUGCUGGGAAUACCGUUGAAGAUACUAAAAUGUUUACAGAUACUGUUGUAAAACUGAAUCUGCAAAAAUUGAGCCUUGUUGCCAUGUCUUCUUUGCAUGGGAACAAUGAAUGAUCACUUUGCUAAGGUGGUUGUGACAGUGGCAGUGGCGGCGGUGUGGUGAGGAAGGUAACAUUAACCUUAAGCAUGAAAAAAUAAAUACAUCAAGAUUAUAUAUGAUGAAGAUUGCAUCUUUAAUUGUAGUGUAUUGCUUUUUUGUUGAAGAUGUGUCAAAUGAAAUAAAUCAUUGGAUAUGGGGUUAGUAAUAGUACCAUGAAAGUGGCACCUUGUAUUUUGUGUGGUUGUUUGUGUAUCAAAACGAUUAUUAUUUCAGAGAAAAUGUAAUGAAUUUCUAUCAUAAUAUAUCAUGCUUGGAUUUGUUA